CCUGUACCUGGAAAGAGACCUACCACUUCUUCAAUCUUAGAGUAUAUUGAUAAAUCUCCUUGGGGUACUUUUAGGAAGUACUAUAAUUAUGAUCUAGUUGGCCCCGUUACAGUAUAUGUUCGGUCCUCUGGUGACUGUGGUGUCUGGGCGAUAUACCAGUAUCUAAUUAAGGACACUGAUAACGUUCUGUGGAACCUCCGCUCUAUAUGCUAUAGGAACUUGGUAUCUAUUAGGGAGUGUUUCUGUACCCCGGAUAUUCUAUAUAUACUAGCUAAUAACUUCUACUAUAUAUCUCUGGAUUGCUCUAGUAUCCUUAUAAAUCUUAAUAGGCACGUUAAGAUCGAUAGGGCAGUGGGGAUUGAUAAUCUUGAUUGCUGGAAAAGCUGCCUGGCUACAAUCGAAUUUCUCUGCACGAUAACUUCGGCAAGCUCUUUUGAGGAACUGAAAGAGGGAAUCUCAUUGGACUUGUAUGGUUUGCAUUGA